AAUUAACACUACUCUUAAAUUUCCAUUGUUCUUUUACUACUUAAUUCAUUGUAUGAGCUUGUACACAAGCAAGAUUUGUUUCUCCAUGUAUACAAUUCUAUCAAUUCUAGCUGGAAGAGGAAGGAAUGAAAUGCUCUUCAGCUUUUUAUUUGUCAUAUUUCUGCUGGGGGCAUCUUAUUCUCAGACAGAUAAAUUACUUCAAGGCCAACUGCUUAAAGAUGGGGAUCAGCUGGUUUCUACUUUUGGAAACUUCAGGUUGGGAUUCUUUAGCCCUGAGGAUACGAGAAACCGUUACCUAGGAAUAUGGUACUAUAGGCCCAAAGAUAGAAGCAGCUUGCUCAACGUUUAUCAGGAUGCUUAUUGCAAUAUAUAUUGUGGUGCGCGGUCGCGGUGUGCAUUGAACAAGAGGGUUCAGCCUGUGAGGGUUCAGCCUGUGUGGGUUGCCAACAGGAAUUACCCAAUCUCAGACAAAUCUGGAAAACUUAUAAUAGACCGCGCUGAUGGAAAUUUGAAAAUUUUACACAGCAAGGGAAAUCCAAUUGUAAUAAGUUCUGUUCAAGCAACAGGAAAUACAAGUGCUACUCUGGAGAAAAAUGGCAAUUUUGUGCUGUAUGAAAUGUAUUCAAAUGGAUCUAAGCGAGAGUUGUGGCAAAGCUUUGACUACCCCACUGAUACACUUCUUCCAGGGAUGAAACUGGGGAUGAACUUCCAAAGUGGGCAUAAAUGGUUUCUGCAGUCAUGGAUUACCGAUGAUUCUCCAGCCCAAGGGCCAUUUACACUUGGCAUGGACCCCAAUGUCUCAAAUCGGCUAGUCAUAUGGUGGCACGGCGAAGUCUUGUGGAAGAAUAGGCUUUGGCAAAAUGGGCACAGCAGCAGCAGCUUCAUAAAUUCUGAGAGUGAUUACUUCUCCUAUAAAUUCAGAUACACUACCAAUGAACAAGAGAAGUACUUCAGUUAUUCUGUAAAUGAAGACGACACAUCGUUUCCAAUACUAAAAAUUAGUUCCAGUGGUGAUCUCAUGGAUGACGUAGGAUCGUUCGUUACAAAUGGGCUGGACUACGAUCGUUACUGUGAGGAAGGUAAUGUUAAUUUCUAUUCCAGAGAAGGUUUCAUGUCUGGAGAAGGAUUCAAGUUCAAAGAAAUUGACAACAUGACCUUAGAUGAUUGUCAAGCCAAAUGCAUGAAGAACUGUUCUUGUGUUGCCUUUGCUAGUGCAAAUAGCAACAACAAUACCGGCUGUGAGAUUUGGAGCAGAGGGACAAAGUUCGUACACUCUUUCAGCAGCAAUUAUCGCACAAUAUACAUGGAAGACUUCGGACCUCCCAAAGGUAAGUCUAGGACUGAUAAGCGAAAUAGUUGGUGGCAAAAGCCCAAUGCAGAAAUUAAUUGGUGGCAAAAGCUAAUCAUUGGAGUAGUAGUAGCUCUAGCGGUACCCCUUCUGUUUUUCUUAUGCUAUCGAAUACGGAGAAAAUACAAGGCUAAAGAGGAGAAGUGGUGGCAGUCACUAGGAAUAGUCUUAGUUAUACCUCUGUUAUGCUACUAUAGCUAUUUGAUCGGGAAAAAACUCCAGGUUAAAGUGGAAAGCAUAUGGAAUCGAUGGAAACUAUUACAUGAACUUGGAGAUAACAUCUCAAUAUCACUUCCAAUCAAAUUUGGAAAGCGAAAAGCCCAAGAUAAAGAUCAGAAACAGGAUAUGAAGAUAUUUGAUUUUCAAACCAUUGCUGCUGCAACAAACAAUUUCUCAACAACAAAUAAGCUUGGACAGGGUGGUUUUGGUCCAGUUUAUAAGGGCAAAUUACCAGAUGGGCAAGAAAUAGCGAUAAAGAAACUCUCAAAAAGUUCAAGACAAGGAAUAGUGGAGUUUAAGAAUGAAGCUAAACUCAUUGCCAAACUACAGCACACUAAUCUUGUAAGACUUCUAGGAUGUUCUCUUCAUGGAGGAGAAAGAAUUUUAGUCUAUGAGUACUUGCCUAACAAAAGCUUGGAUUUCUUCCUAUUUGAUUCUAGUAGAAAGAACAUUUUGAAUUUGAAAAAACGUUUAAGUAUAAUUGAAGGAAUCGCUCAAGGACUUAUUUAUCUCCAUAAAUAUUCAAGAUUAAAAGUGAUUCACAGAGACUUAAAAGCCAGCAACAUAUUACUGGAUGACCAAAUGAAUCCAAAAAUAUCAGAUUUUGGAAUGGCAAAAGCUUUUGGGGUGAAUGAGUUAGAAGCAAACACAAAUAGAAUCGUUGGAACACAUGGCUACAUGUCUCCAGAGUACUUUUUUAAUGGCGUUGUCUCAAUGAAAACUGAUGUAUAUAGCUUUGGAGUGAUGGUAUUAGAAAUUGUGAGUUGCAAUAAGAACAACAACUGCUAUGAUACAGAGCGCCCACUCAACCUUGUUGGAUAUGCAUGGCAGUUGUUGAAUGAAGGUAGAGGUUUAGAAUUAAUAGACCAGACAAUGGAUGAAUCUUGCUCUCCUAAUGAAGUGUUGAGAUACCUUACUGUGGGUCUCUUGUGCGUGCAAGACCAAGCGAGGGAUAGACCAACAAUGUCUGAGGUUGUUUCCAUGCUUACCAACGAAACUAUGGUUCUGCCUGCACCAAAGCAACCAGCAUUUUUCAUUAAUACUAAAGAGCCUGAAGUUCCUGCCAACAAGUUCGAAAAUUGUUCCGCAAAUAAUGUAACAAUUUCAGAGAUGGAAGGAAGAUAAGUAUAAUUGUGAAGGCCUCAAUGCAUACAUACAAUCAUGAAAGCAUGAAAUUGAUAAUUAUUAAGGAUUUCAUAU